AGGUGAUUAGGAGAGAUAAAGGUUGCUGUGCUGGAUAGAGACGAUGACUCAAACACAAACCAGACCUUAUCUGUUUUAUAUUAUUUUUUAACUCCAAUUCUCGAAACCAAGUUUGGAAGCGUUAAUGUGAUGAAUGUUUGGAUUUGUUCCUUUUCGUUCACUGAUCCUAAUUGGAAAAACCAUUAAGAGAACAGUUCUACCAACGGUUGAGUUAGGCAUUCAUCGCUCCUCACUUCUUCCGCAAAUCUUACAACAAACCACAAAUCUGGGACACAGCCAAGGUUCAGAAGUUGAAGAGUUGAAGAGAAAAAGGAAGAGCCUGAUAAGUUCAAGUUCAUAUCCAUUUUGGGUAUCUCACAUCAUCGAUAGACAUGUCAAAGUGUGUGAGCAAGUUUGGAAGAUGGGUCUCUUUGGUUUCACAGAGGGGAUUUUCCACCACCUCAGUUGAAAAGGGUGCUUCCGAGAAAGGUCUGAAACAGGUGAACCUCUGUUCUGCAAUUAAUCAGGCUCUUCACAUUGCCUUGGACAAUGAUCCACGUGCUUAUGUUUUUGGAGAGGAUGUAAGCUUUGGUGGUGUCUUCCGUUGCACAACGGGAUUAGCAGACCGAUUUGGCAAAAGGAGGGUUUUCAAUACUCCUCUCUGUGAGCAGGGUAUUGUCGGCUUUGGCAUUGGUCUAGCAGCCAUGGGAAAUCGAGCAAUAGCAGAAAUCCAGUUUGCAGAUUACAUAUUUCCUGCUUUUGACCAGAUUGUCAAUGAAGCUGCUAAAUUCAGAUACCGGAGUGGGAAUGAAUUUAAUUGUGGUGGUUUAACAGUUAGAGCCCCUUAUGGAGCUGUGGGCCAUGGUGGGCAUUACCACUCUCAAUCCCCUGAGGCUUUCUUCUGCCAUGUUCCUGGUAUUAAAGUGGUCAUCCCCCGAAGUCCACAACAAGCAAAAGGGUUAUUGCUAUCUUGUAUACGAGAUCCAAAUCCAGUAGUAUUUUUUGAACCAAAGUUGCUUUAUCGUUUGGCUGUGGAAGAAGUGCCAGAGGAUGAUUACAUGUUGCCUUUAUCUGAGGCAGAGGUAAUUCGGCAAGGAAGUGAUAUUACGCUUGUUGGAUGGGGAGCUCAAUUAUCUAUCAUGGAACAAGCUUGUCUUGAUGCAGAAAAGGAGGGAAUUUCUUGUGAAUUAAUAGAUCUGAAGACACUAAUUCCUUGGGACAAGGAAACACUAGAGGCCUCAGUUAAUAAGACCGGAAAACUGCUUAUUAGUCAUGAAGCUCCUGUAACUGGAGGUUUUGGUGCUGAAAUCUCAGCUUCCAUUGUUGAGCGCUGCUUCUCAAGGUUAGAGGCUCCUGUAGCAAGAAUUUGCGGUCUGGACACUCCUUUUCCUUUGGUUUUUGAACCUUUCUACAUGCCAACCAAAAAUAAGAUAUUGGAUGCAAUUAAAUCAACUGUGAAUUACUAAUCAUCUUAAUUCCCAUUUUUUGGCCACUUAUAUGAUCUUGAUGCCAUCAUCGUAACAAUCAUGUUCAUGGCUAGUGAAGUGUUAGUGUAUUGAGACCUUGGAGUUAGGAGUUUCUCCAAAUGUGUAAAAUAGCACAUGUAAUACUUUUAACUUUCGUCUACAGUGCCCUUUUUGCUGAGAUACGCAAAAUAUUUGAAGGGAUUGAUCUCCGCUAGUAAAUCUCCUAUAAUAAAUAACCCUUUCCCUUAAUCCGUCAAUUUGAUGACUCAAACAAAACAGUAAUGGAGGGGAGGGGUAGACAAAUUGUAGAAUUCGACAAUAACAUUUGGUAUAUCUUAUCUCAUUUUAAAAUGUUCACAUGAUCAAAC